GAACGACCGAGCCUCAUCUUGCGGUGAUGGGAACGAAGCCUUGAUCGUGGCAUGUUCCUUCCAUGCGAAUCAUAUAAUUCUGACUGCCUUGAUCCAGGGUGACAGCACACACGGCAGAGUUUCUGCGGACGACAAGUCGCCAGGAUCUCGUCUCGACCCAGUGCUUAGCCCGUCAUGUUCUCAAUGAGCUCGACCGGCUGUCUGAUCAGACCAGCCUCAAAUGAGAAAAUCUGGUGUUAUAAUGCAGAGCCACAGACCGAUGCUACGAUGUCUCUCGUCGCAUGCGCAACUUCUACCUCUCGCAGUGCGCAGGAACUCCCCCCUCCCCCCUCCACAAGUGCGGCAUAGAGCUGCAGGGCGUUCGCUUCUGAGAGCAUGGGAUCUAUUGGCGGUUGGCGCGGGGUCAAUCUUGCGGACCGUACUUGGGGGCUCUCUCACAACGGACAUUGAUGCGGUUCUCACGCGAGAUCGUCCACGGGGUGCUGGUUUGACAGGGAUGCGAGUUUGGCGCUAUGAUGCUGUAAGUCAGACUCAUUUCUAAUCUUUGCGCUGCUCAUCGUCACAGCUUCUGCCUCUGAUGAAUGCGGUGUGAGGCUGUCGCUGUAUUUCGCGCCACUCCCACACAACCCCCUUGCUCUCCUCACCGAUGGCAAACUCUCAGACCAAAUUGUGCUUGCCCCCGUCGGACGAUUCUUGGGAGGCGUUGUUCCCCGAGGCAAUUAAGGAGUACGAGAGGAUCACUAGGAAGAAGCUGGAUAAGCUGCCGUUUGCUGAAGAGCUGAAGCAAUGCGACACGGUGGACAAUUUCUGCGCUGUUCUGGCCCAGCACAGGGAGUCUUUUGGAGACUUCCGCUCUCAGGACAGCAAGAUCAGGCGCGUUCUCCAGCCCCUCACAGCUGUCCUCCGGUUCGCCAUCAAUCCCGUGGCCGAAGGGACGUCCGCUGUGGUUCCGGGAGGGAAAGGGA